UGUUUGUUUAGUUACUGUUUCAUCGCCCGAUUUCACUCUCCAUAUAAAUCCCACCGUGAGCAAAUCCAGAAAACGAAGCUGCCACGGAAAGAGGGAAAAAUGAAAAAAAAAUCAACAAAUCCGCUCGCGGAAACAUGUAAAUUACUUUCCUUCCAUUUUAAUAGAAUGCUAAUGAUCGCGCGUUUGUUGCAGAACAAAAAAAAAAAAAAAAAACAGUACAUAAGAAACACAAAUGGCAAACGAUGAAGCUUCUGGAGCCGAGAAGGUUCGAUCCGGAACUUCUCCGAAAAAUUCCAAGAACAAGGCGAAAGGUAAAGGAAAAGGAAAGAGCGAACCCGAUGACGAGAAAAUUGUUCUCACGCCAUCGGAAACUGCCCUAGGAAUCAAAAUCAAUCAACCCAAGCGAAAAACGGCGGACGCCAUGACGAGGCUUUACGCGGUACCUUCGGAAAAACUUCGCGUUUGGAGUUCCUGGUUAACAAAGGUCGGCGAACGCUCGCAAGAUUGGCAGUGGUGGUUGAGAGCGCAGAUUGGAUUAGCCCUGAGGAUUAGUGACCGUCUUCAACGAGCCGCUGUAGCUUUGGAGAUCGAAAAUAAGAGGAAAGAAUCGGGCGAGGGAGACGAAACGAAAGAAUCCGCGGAAGGUGGCUUUCCCGAGGAAGAGGAAAAAGGAAACGAAAAUCCGGAAGACCGAACGACGUCUCCGGCUGAUUUUUCAGACGAAGAAAAUGAAGAAGAACAAAAUGACGAUCAAAUGGAAUCCGAAAUUAUCCCAAGCGAACCUCCUCCCGCUCAAGCUGCUGCUGCUGCUGGAAGCGAGCAACAACCCGCGGGAGUAGCGGAGGACGAGGGUGAAGAAAUAGAGGGUGAUAAAAGGGCGGGUAAAAAGGGUAAAAAAAAUGCCAAGGAGAGUGGUAAGAAGAAGGACAAACUCGAACCAAAAAUCGUCUACAAGGAAGGGUUUUGGCCGGUUGGUAUUCGAUGGAAACCGUUAUCGCCAAGGAAAACGGAGCGGAAGUCGACCCCCAAACGGAGACCCGACAAGAUACCGAUUCCAGAGAACGAGGAAAAAAUGAACGAGUUAAUAAAAGAAAUCAGACAUCAAGGAGUUAUUUAUCGAAGCUUGUACAAACAUUGGUCAGAAACUGGAGAACAGGCGGUAAAACACGUCGUAGGAAGAACGGUGUUACACGCGAACGACGUACCCGGUAACGGGGACGAUAUACCCUAUAUAUUUUAUCUGGAACCGUCGGAAGCGGAUGUGGAAUACGCCGUGGAACACGACGACGAGUACGUCCUACUCGCGGAUACUCGGAGGGAGAGGAUCACCAAGGAUUUCACGCACCUCUAUUUCAACCUAUCCGACAAACCUGGAAAGGGUGGAAAACCUUGGAUCUAAUUGCCACUUGACUGUUUCACGACUUUGCAGGGAAUCUAAUCCCCCGGAUCUCGUUGAUCCGAUAAGGUACGGGAGGAUACCAGGUGUAUGAACAAUCUUUCUCUCCUUCCACUCUUAUUUUUCAUACUCUCUUUUUUCACCGCUCCUCCUUUUUUCUCCUUUAUUCCGUCGGCAUUCCUUUUAUUUUUCCUCCACUCGAAAUCCUGUACAUGGAAGAUCACGACGUACCUACUACCGUACACGUAAUACUCGGUUGAUUCCGCUUCGGUAGCGUGCGAUAAAAAAGCGCGGCGUCGCGCGGCCGGAGGGAGGUAGAAAAAGUGUCGCCCGAUCUUUUAUUCUUCUUUGUCGUCGACAGAUUUUCGGGGAUUAGGGAUAAAUUGAGGAAAAUCAUGUAACAGCUCGUUUAUAUACUUAUAUAACGUUACGCGUCCCUAUAAUUUCAACAAGGGAUGGGACGAGAUCGCGUAGCGAAUUUCCAGCCAAUUAAAAUACACCUCGUACACGAUGCAAGGGAACUUUUCAUUUCGAAGGUAUUUCAUACGAAUAACACGGAUCAUCGGAUAUCGUUAGCGGUCCAUCUUUGCUACUUUUGUUAUUAUAAAUCGCAUUAUUCCAUUCAUUACCUUUCAGCUUUUCCUCCGCAAGUAAGAUAAUUCAUUCGCGCAGAUUCGGUCGCGUUUGUCCGAUACACCCUUUUUGGCAGAGUCCGCGCUUUUUUAUUUUUUCAAUUAUGAUACGACCUCGCAUCGACGGCCCGAUCCGAUGUAACGAUUGGACAAACUGCGAGUUAUUUAUGUAAAAGAGAAGAUAGAAUAUAACGUAUUAUGCGUACGUAAUAAUUAUUAACGAUUAAUUUUAUCGCGUGCCUGACUGAAAUUUAUCUGCUAUACUCGUAUAUUUCAUUCGAAGGAGAGAGAGAGAGAGAGAGAGAGCAGAGAUCAUUAAAUUGCGAAAAACGUUUCGUUACCGGUAUCGGUGCAGGUUCACUGGAUAACAGGAAUCUAUAUGGGUUGUACCCGUUCCCCGGAGGUUUGACAAAAACGUGUUGGAUUCAAAUUUCCGUACAACCGUUUCGUACCAGGCGACCGCUUUUAUCCAUUUUAUCGUUUUGCUGCCCGUGCACUACCAAGCGAUAGCCGUUGCCCGAAGGGUACCAAAAAAAUAUUUUCCCUCCAAAUAAGAAACCUUUUGUAAUAAAACUAUCGAGAUAUCAGAAUAGUCGGAAUGUUCGCGUUGGGUUCUUUUUUUGUUCCUAAAAUAAUUUCCCAUCUUUCGAAAUUAUCCACGCGCUCCCGAUCUCACUGUGCUGAUAGUAUGCGGUUAUUUUGAAACAAUUUUUUUGCAGAUUUUCGCUGG